AUGUCUUAUCGUCCGCCUCAGGGUCAAGGUCAAGGUCAAGGUCAAGGUCAAGGUCAACCGGGACCAAGUAACGCACUCAAUCCCAACGUCAAUUCCAACUUCAAUUCCAACUACAAUCCCAGUAACAUGCAAGGAAGAGUAUCACCGAUGCCAAGUGUCCCUUCUGUCCAUCAACCGAACAUAGGUCAACCGGGUAGUUUACCAACUCAGUCUUCUUCAGGUUCAUUACAUCCCCAUCAAUCCCAAUCACAAACUCAACCUCAAAACCAGAACCAGAACCAAGGUGGUAGUGGUAGUGGUAGUGGUAGUGGUGAUAAAGGACCUGAUUACGUUUACUUUGAAAGAAAACCUGCACAAUUCGGAGAUUCAACUCAAGGUAAAGCAAUGGCUGCUAAGAUGAAAUUGGAAUUAUACUAUAAAGAAGCAGUUGAAAGUGUUGUUGGAAGAAAAGAACGACGUACCGCACUCGAAAAGCAACUUGCAGCAGAUGCGUUGACUCCUGAUACUUUAAAAGCUAGACAAUUAUUAGCAUUAGGAAGGAGAGAAAGCAACUUCUUAAGGCUGCGAAGAACUCGAAUUGGUUUGGAAGAUUUCAGAACAGUCAAAGUUAUAGGUAAAGGUGCCUUUGGUGAAGUUCGAUUGACUCAAAAAGUCGAUACUGGUAAAAUAUACGCUAUGAAAACUUUGAAGAAGAACGAAAUGUUCAAGAAAGAUCAACUCGCACACGUUCGAGCGGAAAGAGAUGUCUUGGCUGAAUCCAACUCUGCCUGGGUGGUCCAACUUUACUACUCUUUCCAAGAUACCCAAUACCUCUAUUUAGUCAUGGAAUUCUUGCCUGGUGGAGACUUGAUGACAAUGUUAAUCAAAUACGAUACGUUCUCAGAGGAUGUAACCAAAUUCUACAUGGCAGAAUGUAUACUUGCCAUUGAAGCAGUACACAAUUUAGGGUUCAUCCAUCGUGAUAUCAAACCGGAUAACAUCCUCAUUGAUUCGAUGGGUCAUAUCAAACUCUCCGAUUUCGGUUUAUCAACUGGUUUCCACAAACAGCAUGAUUCAGCAUAUUAUCAAAGACUCUUGGGUGGUGAAGGUAAUCAAACGACUAGACCACAAGCUGGUAAUGCAUCAAGAAACAGUGUAAUGGUGAACGCGAUCAACCUAACAAUGACCUCGAAACAGGAUAUAGCAACUUGGAAAGCUAAUAGAAGGAAAUUGGCUUAUUCAACCGUUGGAACUCCAGACUAUAUCUCCCCUGAAAUCUUCCUUCAACAAGGAUAUGGUAAAGAAUGUGAUUGGUGGUCACUUGGAGCUAUCAUGUUCGAGUGUUUAGUCGGUUAUCCACCAUUCUGUUCCGAGAAUGCACAUGAUGUCUAUCGAAAGAUUAUCGAUUGGCGAAAUCACCUUUUCUUCCCUGAUGACGUUCACCUCAGUAGAGAAGCUGAGGAUCUGAUCAGAAGGAUGUUAUGUGAAUCCGAAAAGAGGAUGACUGUUGAACAACUAAAGACUCAUCCUUUCUUCUAUGGUGUCGAUUGGUCUACGAUCAGAGACAUCGACGCACCGUUCGUACCUCAUUUAAGAUCGAUCACGGAUACUUCUUAUUUCCCAACGGAAGAAUUGGAUCAAGUUCCAGAGGUACCCACUGGAGCAGACGAAGGACCGGAUGCAAAGAAGGAUUUGGCGUUCUUGGGUUAUACCUUCCGUCGGUACGAGAUGCUCUAA